CCCGCCCCUUCCUCCUGCUGCUGCUCCUCCUCCUGCGUGAUGGCGGCCGGCGGCGGCCCGCUGCGGCUGCGGCUGGUGUUCGACCACCCUCCGCCGGCCAGCCCGGGCUGCGCGCUGUGCUGGCUGCUGCUGGAGCCGGGCCAGGCGCGGCUCGUCACGGACCUGCUCAGCCUCAUCCGCCACCGCUUCGGCUUCAGCCGCCGCGCCCGCCUCAGCCUCUUCCUCGAGGGGGCGCUGCUGCCGCCCGCCGAGAGCGCGCGCCUCGUGCGCGACAACGACUCGCUGCGAGUAAAAUUGGAAGAGAUAGUUGCAGAUGAUUAUGAAGAGAUAGAUGAUGGCUUUAUUUAUGUAACAAAAGAAGACAAAAAAAGGCACAGACACAAGCAGGAUGAGGAAGAAUCCUCUAGGAAUGAAGGCAAGCAUAAAAGGAAAAAGAAAAAGGAGAAGCAUAACCUUGAGUAUUCUUCUUGCAGAGAAGAGACUUUUGUAGAUACUUGGGACUCUCAGAAAAGGUACACAAAAAGAAAAAGAAAAGAAGAAGUUAGGGGAAGAAAUAGUCUCACAGAAGGUAAGGAAGAGAGCUCUACCUCCCAUUCUAAAAAAAAGAAAAAAACAGAGAGGGAGAAGCAGUUGGCAACAAAAAAGAAGGAUGAAAAGCAGACAAAGGUUGCUGCAGCAAAGAUCGCUUUAGAGCGGGCAAAUGAGAGCUUUUCUCUAAAUUCUGGUAAAAAUAGCACCAAAGAGAUCACAACACAGUCCAGGAAAAAGAGGGUGGGAGCUUCAGAUUCCUCCAGCACAUCGUCCGAUAGUGACAGCAGUGAAUUAAAUGUAAAGGAAAAUAAAUCUUCCCAUAAGACUGUAGUGGUGACACUUCCCAAAGACAAAUCCCAGGCUGCUUCAGAUUCUGAUGUGAAAACUAAUAAAGUGGCUGUAAAGUCUAAUACUGUAAAGGCUAAGACUGCAAUUAGUAAAAAUGCUAAAAACCCCCAGUCUUCUAGUUCAGAUUCUGACUCGAGUACAGAGGAUGAGAAGGUGACACCAGCACAAGACAGCACUGCAAAGGAGAAAUCAGUGCCAAACCAUGUGGUGGCUGUAAAAGCCAGCACCAAGGCUCCCAAAGCACAGAGCUCCUCUUCAGACUCUGAUAGUUCAGACUCAGAAACAAUUGUCAUUAAAAAAUCUGCAGCAGGUGCUGGACUGGGUAACUCCAUGGUAAGGAACUGCACUAACCAGUUGCCAGCCAGUGCCCAAGGAUCGUUUGCCAGCCCAGGCCGUGGAAGGGGGCGUGGAGCAAGAGAGGAUAACUUCUGGAGAGGACCUAGGGGCCAUGGGUUUCGUGGGAUGAUGAGGGGCCAUGGGAGAGGAGCAAGCCCUGGCUUCUUCUAUAACUACAGCAGUGAAGGCCAGAAACAGAGGCAGUUAAAUGAAGCUGCGACAAACACUUCUGUCCUAAUCCAGAAUCCUGUGGAGAUUCCCAAGAGAGACUAUAGUGCAUUACCUCUUCUAGCAGCCCCACCCCAAGUGGGGGAAAGAAUUGCCUUUAAGCGCCUGGAACUAACUGAAAAUUACAGUCCUGAAAUUUCAGACUAUAAGGAGGCAAAAAUAAUCAGUUGGAAUGCUGACAAAAAGCAGAUUGAACUUGAGAUCCUUUCAACAUCAGCAGGACAAUUUGCUAAGGAGCCAGGGAAGUUUGACCUGGUGUACCAGUCUGCGGAUGGAGAGGAGCUGAUCGAGUACGCGGUGCCUCAGGACACCAAGAUAACUGAGAGCUGGGAUGCACUGAUAGAGCCAAGACUGAUUGUGGAGCCUCCAGUUAAUGGAUCCAGCGUUGAAAAUUGAACAUCUAGGAUGUGAAAAAAUGUGAACAAUUGUACAGAUUUGUUCUGUGAAAUUCUGCCUUCUGCUUCUGAGAGUGGCAGGUGCACUGGUGAAUGUUACUGUCUUAAAAAGAAGUAGACCAAAAGAAAAACAUUUUUUCCCUUAGGCUAUGUUUUUAUGUAAUACAUGAAAACUUUGUUUAUUAUAGGCAGUCUAAUAUAGAUAUGUUUGGUUUGAAUAUUUAUAUCCUACUGUAGCAAGCUGCAGCAUUUGAAUGGUUUGAUUAAAAUGUAAAACACAACUCUGUACUGUGAAUAACUAUUUAAAUGUCUGGGUUAGGCUCAAGCUGUAUAACUGCCAGAGGUCACUUUCAUUUAAAAAUUAGUUAUAAGUAUUGUUGAUGUGCAGAAGUUGCCCUCUGUUGCUGCCAAGCAUCAUACUGCAGCUACUUAAAGAGUUCAUCUGAACAUGUCCAGAAAAGCCUGUGGAUUUUGAGCUUCUGUAAUUUUAAGGCAGAUAAAUAGCACUGGUAUCUGUCAACUUUGCUUGGAACCAGUGAAAUCUAACAUGAGCCUGCAGAGAAGACAUAGAAAAAAACAAAGCCUAGAUACAAACAAACACCGGAAAAUUUGUACAUUGUGGUUUAGCUGUCAUGUACUCUGACCUAGUGCAUGAAUCCAUUAAAGUACUGUGCAUUUUUGCAUCAGCCCUAUUAAAAUGUCUUGUUUGUGAAGGAAUAAUUUUUAUACAAGUAAAAUGAAUUUGUGCA